AACAAAAAGAAGAAAGAGAGAAAAGAAAGCAUUUUUCGAUCAGUGAAACGACAAGGAAACGAGACGAAGGCUCCUUUUCCUUCCGCCGACGUAGACCUUCUUGAAAACCCUAUUUAACGACCAUAGAGUUGGAAACCGAAGUCUUGCAAAGAUGAUGCUGCGAACCAAGAUAUGUUCUUGUUUGCUUUCUUUGCUGUUUCAUGCAUUCCUUGUAUUUUUCUCCUCUGCAGCUUCUAGUACCCAGAAUUACUUGCCAAGGGGCUCCUCUCUGUCAGUUGAGGAUGAAUCAGAUCUCCUUACAUCACCUGAUAAAGCUUUCACUUGCGGCUUCUAUGGGCUGGGGGAAAAUGCUUAUUGGUUCUCUAUCUGGUUCACCCACUCCACUGACAAGACCGUUGUUUGGACGGCCAACAGAGACAGACCUGUAAAUAGCAAGGGUUCGAGAGUUUCUCUUCUCCGAGAUGGUGCCAUGGUGUUGACAGAUGUUGAUGGUUCCUUAAUAUGGCAGACCAACACCACCUCCACUCAUGCAAGAAGAGCAGAGCUUUUGGAUACUGGGAACCUCGUUGUCAAAGACCCAAAUGGUAAAAUUCUAUGGCAAAGCUUUGAUUUCCCCACAGAUACCCUUCUUCCUUACCAACGCCUGACAAAGAGCACAAAGCUGAUAUCUAGUUUGAGAAUUGGGACUUUUCUGUCUGGGUAUUUUAGCUUGUUCUUUGAUAAUGAUAACGUUUUGAAAAUGAUCUAUGAUGGACCUGACAUUUCGAGCUUGUACUGGCCUCCUCCUUAUAAUAAUGUGUAUCAAAAUGGCAGAUUUGAUUACAAUAGUUCCAGAGUGGCUUUCUUUGAUGAAAUGGGUACUUUUGUAUCAAGUGAUCGGCUAGAAUUCAGUGCUUCUGAUGUGGGAUUUGGGAUUAAAAGAAGGCUAACAGUGGAUUAUGAUGGGAACCUCAGAGUUUAUAGCCUGAACAAUUUGACAGGACUGUGGGCAAUUUCAUGGCAAGCUCUUAGUCAAGCCUGCAAUGUGCAUGGGGUAUGUGGAAGAAAUGCAAUUUGUAUAUAUACUCCAGUUCCCAAGUGCUCAUGUCCACCUGGGUAUGAGGUAGCUGAACCUGGUGACUGGAACAAAGGUUGCAAGGCUAUGUUUAACCAAACCUGUUCGCCGUCCCAAGAGAAGUUUGUGCAACUUCCGCAGGUUGACUACUAUGGAUUUGAUCUCAACUAUACUACAAGCACUUCACUCUUUGAUUGCAGAAAACUCUGCUUGGAGGAUUGUAGAUGUGUUGCAUUCAGCUAUAGGCUAUCAGGAGAAGGACUCUGUUACACAAAAGGUUCACUUUUUAAUGGCUUUAAGUCUCCAAAUUUUCCAGGCAGCAUAUACUUAAGGAUGCCAGUGAGUGUAGAAACAUCCACUGUUUUUGCUGGAACCAAUUCCACGUGCCCGCUAGCUGAGGCUGAAAUUGUGAUGGGAUCCCCAGACAUGUAUAAUAUUGGCAAAAGCAUGAGAUGGCGUUAUCUCUACUCGUUUGCUGCUGCUCUUGGUGCAAUUGAAAUCCUUUUUGUAGUAGCAGGCUUUUUGCUCCUUUUUGGAAGACGUGGCUCGCCUGCUUCAAGGGAAGAUGGAUACAGGGUCAUGUCAAGUCAAUUCCGGAAGUUUGGUUACGAUGAGCUUAAGAAGGCAACCAAGAAUUUCAAGGAAGAGCUUGGAAGAGGUGGUUCCGGGGCUGUAUACAAGGGUUCUCUAGCAGAUGAAAGGGUGGUGGCUGUGAAGAGACUAGGAGGUUCAUAUCAAGGGGAGGAAGUUUUCUGGACAGAAGUGAGCACAAUUGGAAAACUCAACCACAUGAACCUAGUGAGAAUGUGGGGAUUUUGUGCAGAGGGCAGACACCGACUCUUGGUUUAUGAGUAUGUGGAAAAUCUAUCACUGGACAAGCAUCUAUUCGCCCUGAAUUUUCUCGGAUGGAAAGAGCGGUUUAAAGUUGCCUUAGGAACAGCUAAGGGUUUGGCCUAUCUUCACCAUGAAUGUCUAGAAUGGAUUAUACAUUGUGAUGUGAAACCUGAAAAUAUUCUCUUGGAUGGUGACUUUGAAGCCAAGAUUGCAGACUUUGGGUUGGCUAAGUUGUCUCUAAGAGACAAAAUGAAAUCUGAAUUCUCUCAGAUUAGAGGAACAAAAGGCUACAUGGCUCCGGAAUGGGCUCUUAACCUCCCUAUCACCGCGAAAGCAGAUGUCUAUAGUUAUGGAGUUGUGAUUCUGGAAAUGGUGAAGGGAAUAAGGCUCUCAAAUUGGGUGGCUGACGACCUUGGGGAACAAGAAACAGAACUGACAAGAUUUGUGAGGGUAGUAGGAAGAAAAAUUCAGUGCAGAGAAGACUCAUGGAUGGAUGAUGCUAUGGAUCCAAGACUCAUGGAUGGAGGAUGCUAUGGAUCCAAGAUUGUAUUACAAGCGAAAAAGAUGGUUGAACUCGGUAUAUUGUGUGUUCAGGAAGAUAGAAGCAAGAGGCCAACAAUGGCUUAUGUAGCACAAGCUCUAUUAGAAUGUGAAGAUGAACUCUGCCAUUCUGGCCUUUCAAGCCAUCAGUAGUUACACUGGAAAAUUCAGAUUAUGCUUAGCAUUUGAACAUAUAGAAUGUUUACUGCCGUCUGAUUACAGAAGUGUUGAGUUUGAGCAUAUGCCCUUGAGAUGCAGAAAAUUUUCAUAUUCCUGAAGCAAACAUUUAUAAACAUAUAAAGCUUACUGGGUAUUCAAGACAAUUUUUUACUUUCACAAUUCAGUAAAUUAUUCAUGUACGCAAUGGUAAUACCUGAAAGUUGGCAGUUUGCUUU